CAACCUUGGCCUUACCCACAAGCUUUGUCUCCGUCUCGCUUCCGCUAUGAUUGAAAAGUUGUUCCUUACUUUGGCUACGCUCGCGCUUCUUCACGCUGCAUACUCCACGUACGAACAUUUGUCACUUUUGAAGGCUUUGGGAAAGCCAGAAGGAUCAUUACCUCUAAAUAUCGUGUAUGAGAGCAUUCUUGCGCUCAUUCUUGGGCUGCUUGGAGCAUCCUUGAAUGCUCCACCAUUAAAAGAUAUCACUUGGGCAAGUGAAAUGAAGAAGCGGACAAUUGACGGAAUGGAUUCACGACUGGGAUUCGCACACUACAAGUCUCGCGGAAAGUUUUUGUUUGCGAGUCCACACGAUGGUAAAAUAUGAAGUGUUGCCGAUCAAUUGUUCAUCAUAUGCAUGCCAAAUGUUGCGCGGGUAUAUAACAUAACACUGCACGACGUUGUAACUAGCCUCAGUCGUCAUCAUCCCCGCCAGAUUUCUUCUUGGUUUUUCGUUUUUCUUUUCGGGCUUUCCUUUGAUCCUCCUUUUCGGCAGCAGCAUCCAUCGCAAGAAAAUCGCGGAUCGAGGGUAAUGCGGAUGACUCUAAUGGUUUGAGACGCAAGGGUUCCUCUUCCUCUUCAUCCACUUGAGGUAUAUGGUUUGAUGAAGGCAACUGAGGUGUAGCGCUCUCGGUGGAUGCUAGUGGUUGUAUUGAUCCUUCGUCAUUGUGUUCAUCUCCAAACCAUCCUUUAGAAUGAGCGGGUUCGGAUGAAGGAUGUAAAUCAUUGAUAUGAUGCUUCGAUUCGGUGUUGUCGGCAU